AUGCCUAAAAGUAGAAAGAACCCUGUGAAAUCGUCUCAAACUGUGAGGAACCUAAAAAUAUCUAGAAUGUCGAAAUCUGCGCUAGUGAUUAUCGCCCAAGGGUCUGAAGAAAUGGAAACAGUGAUAACAGUGGAUAUGCUGCGAAGAGCCGGCGUAUCAGUGACAAUGGCUGGCUUGGAUGGAAAUUCACCAGUACUUUGCUCCAGACAAGUCACUUUGGUGCCUGAUAAAUCACUUGCUGAUGCAUUAGCUGAGAAACCACAGUAUGAUGCGGUUAUUCUGCCAGGGGGUCUAGAAGGAUCGGAUCGGCUAUCAAAAUCUGAUGUUGUGGGCACUUUACUGAAGGAGCAUGAAGGAUCAGGAAAAAUUAUUGCUGCUAUCUGCGCAGCUCCAACAGCAUUUGUAGCUCAUGGUGUUGGUAAAGGGAAGAAAAUCACAUCUUACCCGACUACAAAGGACAAAAUCACUUCAGAUUAUACAUACAUUGAGGGUGAAAGAGUUGUUAUUGAUGGGAACUUUGUUACUAGCCGGGGUCCCGGCACGGCCUAUUGGUUUGGACUGUCUCUGAUAGAGUUAUUGACUGACAAAGAAAAAGCCGCGCAAGUAGAGAAAGGAAUGAUUAUCACUGGAUAUUGA